CAGGAAGCAAAUAGAAGAAGGCAGAAUCGUUGACAUUCAGCAGCUAAAGAUAAGAUCAAAAUGAAAUUAAUUACUGGAGCCUUCAUUACAGCAUUUUGCUCCCUGUUCGCUGAAGCAUUGGAAUGCUACAACUGUACCAAUGCAAGAAUGGCAACGGUUUGUACCACUGAUCGCCAGCAAUGCCCCACAAACAAAACCAUGUGCCUCACCGCGGUGAAGACAGUCGGCUUCAGUCAGAUAGGACUUGGUUACAUCACAAUAAGCAAGAAGUGCUCCUUUCAAACGGAGUGCAAUGCCGACGCCAGUAACUUGGUGGUCGGAGGGAGGAAGGUUCUCUGCUGCUCCACGGACCUGUGCAACGCCGAAAAUGCCGCCUUCUGCCCGGGCCUCCGCUGGCCAUUGCUGGCAGCCUCUACCACCCUCCCCUGGACUCUGCUGGGACUGACCAGCUCAACCUAACCCGACCGCUUGUGCCAGCUGCACUUGCUCAGUCUGCAGGAGAAGCUUCCAAUGGGGGGAAAAUAUGGCCAUUGUCGUUCCCCUCCUUCCCCCCCCCUGCUGCGGUUCAAUUAAGGUGAAAACUUCUGUCAUUGUCUACCGGGUUAGCCGUGUGAAAAUCAACCAUCAGAGUGUCACUGCAUCUCCAAGUCAGACUCAUAAAGAUUUGGCUAGUUGAGCAUCUUGGCGCUGAGUGUAACUUUGAAUGAAGAUACACGUGAUCUGAUUUGAGUAAUCUUCAGAAUGAGGGGAAAUCUUAAGGAGGCCAGGCCACAGGUUAUAGCGACACUGUCCACCGAGAUGGUCUUAUCCAGGCAGAGAGACACUGCCAUUACCAGACAAACGAAGAAAUCUUGUAAGUGUAAGGAUCUGUAAAUGAAAGGAUCUGUAAUUUUUGACUGAAUGCAAUAAUAAACAAUACAGGGAACCACAACCCUGUGGAA